ACAAGGCACCAUAUACACAGAAGAGCGUCCUCUCUGGCCCCAGCGUAUUCGUUCCCGAGCCCUACCCUAAUCCACCAGCUAGCUAGCCGAUAAGUGCGCUGCGUCGUGAUACUCUCGCUGCUCGUACCAAGCACACCGAAGCCGGUCGCCUCUCAUGAGCUCCUUCGGCAGCCCGGGCGCGGGUCCCUAUACCGGGAAGCCCAUCCCGCCAGAGCGCGGCAGCUUCCCCUUAGAUCACGAUGGCGAAUGCACGGCCAUAAUGACACAGUACCUGUCGUGCAUCAAGAAGGUCAAGGGCAUCAACGACCAGGAGUGCCGCAACAUCGCUAAAUCCUAUCUAUCGUGCCGCAUGGACCGGUAAGUCAUCUCCCCGAUUCGCCCACCCACCAACCGGUACGCACCUAUCGGCUCCUAGGAGGCCUGUCCACAAGCGCUUGGCUCACUGUGCAGGAAUCUGAUGGCGAGGGACGACUUCAAGAAUCUCGGCUUCGCGGAUACGCCCCCGCCGGAUUCGGAGUCUCGGGAGCAGCCACGGCAGUAGCACGACGGCAGCUAGGGCGCAACAUCAGCCCGUCGCGGGUUCGAGUCUGCAAGUCCGACAGCGGGGAGCGCGUUAGGGGCAGCUUCGAAUACCCCCUUCUGGUGCGCGUCUGUGUAUGCGACUAUUUGUUGCCGCACAAAGUCCAGCUU